GACCAGGGCCACUCCCUUAAAGUAUCACUGCACUGCUGCCACUGCAUGGUGCAUGUAAGUCCAUAGAAUAGUUGGACAAUGGCUGAAGGUAAGGAUAGUCUCUCUGAGGAGACCCUACCAAUGGAAACUGAAGACAUUUUAACUGAAGAAUAUUCUGCCACAUGCACAGUAGAGAGUCCGGGGCAGAUUAUGUAUCCAGGUGCUGAUGUUCGUUUGUCUCCAGCUGCCGGGAGUAGAUCAUGUUCACCUCAAGUCUCACCUGCGGUCUCACCUACGACCAAUCAGGCAUUCACUGGAGAGAGUGAAGUUGAUCCUUGUAAAAGUAAUGGGCUUAUUAAACUGACAGUACCCAAAGUAUCUCAACUUGAGGAAACUUACCUCAGUGAUCCUGUCUACAUUAGAGAGUUGCCAUGGAGACUCAUGGUAAUGCCAAAGAAUGCUAGACAAGAUGGCGGACAGGAGAGUAAGUCACUUGGAGUGUUUGUACAGUGUGACCCUGAAACCAACGACACACCUGGGUGGAGCGUGUAUGCCUAUGCCAGGAUUAGUUUAAUCAAUCAAACUGAUUCUGAUGAGAAGCACACCAGAGAAAUAUCUCAUUGGUUUUCAGCAAAGGAAAAUGAUUGGGGCUAUGCCAGCUUCUUACCUUGGAAGGAUAUACUUUAUGAUGAGAAAGGGUUUGUUAAAGAUGACAGAAUUAUAUUAGAAGCAAGGGUAUCUGCUGAUGCUCCUCAUGGUAUCAACUGGGAUUCUAAGAAGCACACUGGAUUUGUUGGUUUAAAAAACCAAGGGGCAACAUGCUACAUGAAUUCGUUACUCCAGACAUUAUUUUGCACUUUUAAAUUGAGAAAAGCAGUUUAUCAGAUGCCAACUGAAAAUGACGACAGUUCAAGAAGUGUUGCUUUUGCUCUUCAAAGACUGUUCUAUGACUUACAGUACAGUGAUAAAGUGGUUGGUACAAAGAAGCUUACAAAAUCAUUUGGGUGGGACUCAAUCGAUACUUUUAUGCAGCAUGAUAUACAAGAACUGAGUCGAGUGUUGUUGGAUAAUAUGGUGAAUAAAAUGAAAGGUACUUCAGUUCAGGAUUGCAUACCGUCACUGCUUGAAGGGAAAAUGGAGACAUUGAUUUCAUGUACAGACAUUGAAUAUGAAUCAAGAAGGGAAGAGUCAUUCUUUGACUUACAAUUAAAUGUAAAAGGAAAGAAGAAUGUUUAUGAGUCAAUCAAAGACUAUACUUCUCCUGAGGUUUUAGACGGUGAUAAUAAAUACUGUGCAGGUUCCCACGGAAUGCAGAAAGCAGUUCGUAAGGUUUUGUUUGUAAAGUUCCCACCAGUUCUUCACCUUCAACUUAUGAGGUUUCAAUAUGACAUGUACAGCGAAGGACAUUCUAAAAUUAACGACAGGUAUGAGUUUCCCGAACACUUGGACCUCAAUGAGUACCUGAAGGCUCCCGAAGGAUCUCCUGCCCAUUACACACUGCAUGCAGUACUGGUUCACAGUGGGGAUAACUUUGGCGGACAUUACGUUGCAUACAUUAAUCCUCACGGUGAUGGAAAGUGGUUAAAAUUUGAUGAUGAAGUUGUUUCAAGGUGCUCAGCCAAAGAAGCUAUAGACAGCAAUUUCGGUGGACAUGAUGAUAACUUUGUUAUUAGGAACUGUACCAAUGCUUAUAUGCUCUGUUAUAUUAGAGACAACGAGAUUGGUAAAGUAUUGGAGGAAGUGACUGAUAAUGACAUACCAUUGUCUUUGGUUAAAAGAAUAAAAGAUGAAAAAUUGGUGGAGACUUUGAAGAGGAAGGAGAGAAGCGAGGCUCACUAUUACAUGUCUGUUGAGAUUUUGACUGAUGAUGAUUUUCAACAUCAUCACAAAUCUGAACUUUAUGACAAUGAAGAAAUUAAAGGGAGAUUUUUUAAGAUUUUACGAGCUUUACCAUUUGAAGUUCUCCACACUCAUGUAGCAAUAACGAUGGGGUAUCAUAAAUCUCAGUUGCGGCUGUGGCCUUUUGAAACUCGUAAUAACAGAACAUGUCGUCCCAGUUCAAACGAGUCCCCCCAAACUACAAUAUUUGAAGUUGCUGAAUCUAAAAAUGUCAUUGCAAUGUAUGCAGAACUUGUAACACCUGAUUGCAAAGAAUUGGCUCCAUUUGAUUUUCAAUCUCAAGUUUUACUUUUUAUAAAAUAUUAUGAUCCUUUUACAAAGACUCUUACUUUUGUUGGUCAUGUUACUGAAGAAAUAUCAUUAAAAUUUGAGACUUUAUUUCCACUCUUUUGUUCAAUGGCUAAUCUUCCUGAAUCAACACCACUUAGAAUUUAUGAAGAAGUGAGUCAGAACAGGAUUGAAGAUUUAAACCCAAUGGCUCCAAUCAGCCAGAUUGAAGAGGUUAAAGAUGGGGAUAUUAUUUGCUUUCAAAGAGCUGAUAUUUCAUUAAAUUCACUCGAGCUCCCUCUGGCUCCAAUGUAUUACAAGGAGCUGUUCAACAGGAUCGACGUUAGUUUUUAUGAUAAGAAUAUAGCCAGUGAUCCUGGUUUCACACUGACGCUAAAUCAAAAAAUGAGUUAUUUACAAAUGUCUUCAGCUGUGGCUGCACAUUUGCAAAUUGAUCCAUUUUACAUUCAAUACUUCAGGCCUAACAUUCACAGACAGCUGUCAGAUCAGGCGAUUAGAUGUAAGAAUGAAGGAACCCUCAGGGACUUUGUCACCAAAGGAAGGACUGACAAUAACUACUACCUCUUUUACCAGCGGUUGUCAAUACCAAUUGAUCAAUUUGAGACUAAGAAAUCUUUUAAGUGUAUAUUUGUAAAUCACAAAUUAAAGGAAGAAAGAGAAAUUACAGUUUAUGUUGACAAAAAUGGAAUUGUUGAUGAUUUACUCGAAGUGGCUCUGUUAGAGAUCCCUUUACCUGAUGAGAGCACUCACAAGUUGAGACUGGUUGAAGUAAUGGGUAAUAGGAUUGUUGAUUUGCAUUCAAGAGAUAAACCAGUAGCUGAGCUACUGUCUCAGAAACUGUACAGGAUAGAGGAAGUAAGACCUGAGGAGUUAUCAUUGUCCAUUGGUGAAGCAUUAGUGCCAGUUGCUCACUUUCAUAAAGUGCCACACAACACAUUUGGAGUUCCUUUCUUAUUAACUAUUAGAAAUGGCGAAUUGUUGUCAUCAGUUAAAGGAAAAAUACAAAAGUUACUUGACAUUAAUGACAAAGACCUUGACAAGUGGAAGUAUUACAUUGUUACCAGCACAGCAACACACUCUCUCCUCCCUGAAGAGACUGAUCCACCACUGUAUCUUGAGCAGUUUAACCUCUCACCGGUUGAUGGUGUCUACUUUUCAAAGGCAGGUACACCUUGGCUUGGAGUAGAGCAUUUCAAUAAAAGUCCAAAGAGAUCCAGAUACAAUAUUGAAAGAGCUAUCAAGAUUCAUAAUUAACUAGCUUUCCCUACUCCUUUCUAUUGUUAUAUAAUGUGGCGGAUUCAGUUAUGUUUCUAACUUUAGAUUUGUAUUAUUAAUGGUCUGUGUAGUACAGUUGGUACCCAA